GGCUGCGAACAGAGAACUUGCCGCUGCGCUGAGGAGUUGUUCUUUCUCUUGUUAUUGUGCCGGAAAAACUGUUUUCAAUUCGCGGGAACUCGGCGGCGGCGGCGGCGAAAGUGCGAGAAAAGUGUCUUUGUGGCGGGGACAUGGAAGUCCAGGGCCCGCGCGAGUCGCUGCAAGUGGAGCUCCAAUGUCAUCAGAACCAGACGUUGUGUAAAGGCCUGAAUGAGCUUCAGAAUGGACAGAAGCUGGCGGUCAGAACUUGUCCUGUAGGGACGACCAAGCCGCUGUCCCUCAUCAAGCCGCCCAGCCAGAGCAUCGCCAUCUCUGUGGUGCCGGCCAAGGCUCCCGGGUCCAUGGUGACCGCACACCUCAACGGACAGAAGGUGGCGAGCUCGGAGCCGCUGCAGCCCCCCCCCCUCAACCUCCAGACCGCCGGAGUCCACGCGUUCAGCAGCCGGAGAGCUGGGGAGCUGCCUCCGUCUCAGAUGCUGGGAACUCUCACUGCUGUGCCCAUCAAGGUGCCUCAAGUCAGCUCCCUGCACCGGCUGGCAGGACAAGCAGCCACUGUGCUACCUCAGGUCAGGCCAAAGACCCAGAUCCCGGACAGCCUUCCCCACAGCCCCUGUCAGGAGCCGCAGCCGCUCGGCCUGCAGAGGGCCCCCGCCGUGGUCAGUCCCAAGAGUCAGGGCCCCACCCUGCCCACCGCCAACAGCACCCUCAGUCCCGACCAGCAGCCCCACAGCCAGAGCGCCGCCUCGCCGCCCCCGGCCCCUCCCCAUGGCCCGUCGGGGGGCCCGGACCCCAGCAGUCCGGCCCAGCACGCCUCGCCACACCCGGCCCCUCCCCAUGGCCCGUCGGGGGGGUCGGACCCCAGCAGUCCGGCCCAGCACGCCUCUGCCGGACCCGGCGUGGCGUACGCCAUCAUUACAUCUUCUCCUGCCACAGGAAACGGAGCGUCUGCUGUCAGCGACGCCCUCAAGGUGAUAAUAAUCCAGCCGCCGGCGCCCAGCAGCACCGACCGGCCCCCGGGGGCCGACCUGCCGCCACAGGAGGCUCCGCCCACUCCCAAGUCCCCGUCGCAGGAGAAGGACGAGGACGAGGACCACGAGAAAAUCGCCUUCAUGGUCGCGCUCGGCCUCGUGACCACGGAACAUCUGGAGGAGAUUCAGAUGAAGCGUCAGGAGAGAAAGAGACGAAGCACCGCCAACCCGGCGUACAGCGGCCUGUUCGAGCCCGAGCGUAAACGACUUGCGUCACAUUACCUGAACAGCGCCCUCUUCCUGUCAGCACGAGACUCUGAGGAUUUCUGCUGGAAGGAGGACGUGGAGCAUGACGACCACUGUGCCAUCUGUAAGGAGGACGGAGAACUGCAGCUCUGCCACAACUGCCCCCGAGCCUUCCACCCCCCCUGCCUGCAGCCGCCCCUCAGAACCCCCCCCAGGGGCCCCUGGUACUGCCCCAAGUGUCAGAAGAAGGUUUUGAACAAAGAAAACAUGUCGUGGCCUCAGAACUUUGUUCAGUCCUACGUCACACACAAGACGGUGAGGCAGGAGGAGAAGCGACGACUCCUGAGAAGAAACAACGAGCUGAAGAAAGAAUGUUCUCAUCUGGAGGAACAAGACGAACAACUCAACCAGACGCUGAAGCAGUGUCAGGACGUGAGGCAGCGCCUGCUCGACCAGCAGAGAGAUACUCACGCGUCGCUCGACCGCCUCAAGUCUCUCAUCCGGCUGAUCCAGCGCGACCAGCUCAUCCAGGUCACCAUGACCACCACGGCCACCAUCGCCACCUCCCUGCUCUCCCAGUCCUGGAUCAAACCCACCAGCACCGCCGCCCCGGGGCCGUCGGACACGCCCCUGCAGAAGAGCCACGCCCACAGCCAGGACAGUGGCAACAACUAGCCC